AUGUCUACUUCAACUGAAAAAGCCCAAUUAUCAGAUAUUAAUCGAAAAAUUCGUGAAGAAAUCAUUUGUGAUGUUCUUAAUUUAUAUAAUUCAAAUCCAACAGAAGAAUCAUUUCGUCAUUAUGCUCCAAAUGCACAAUUUGAAGAUCCAUUACAAUUUUCUGGAAAUCUUUCAUCAAUUAAAUCAGCUUUUAAAUCAUUACCAAAAAUUUUUAAAGAUUCUCAAGUAACUAAAAUUGAUUCUGAUAUUGAUACAAAUCCAAUGAAGUUAAAUCUUGAAACACGUUAUGAAUGGAAAGGAAUUAAUAAAGAAACAGUUAUUCGUUCAAUUGUAUUACUUACAUUAAAUGAACAGGAACAAAUUAUUCGUCAUGAAGAACGAUGGAAUGGAGAACCUAUUCCUAAUGCUGAAUCGGGAUUUUUUGGUAGAAUUAAAGAGGCAUUACGCCAUGCUACAGGAAGUCUUGUACAUGCAAUGGUUGAUAGUGAAAAACCAGUGGAAAAAAAUUAA